CGGCGCUAGAGGAGGAUGUACUUGGUGGCGGGGGGCAGGGGGCUGGCCGGCUGCGGGCACCUCCUGGUCGCGCUGCUGGGGCCGCUGCUGCUGCUGCUGCUGCUGGCGCGCUCGGGCACCCGGGCGCUGGUGUGCCUGCCCUGCGACGAGUCCAAGUGCGAAGAGCCCAAGAACUGCCCGGGCAGCAUCGUGCAGGGGAUCUGCGGCUGCUGUUAUAUGUGCGCCCGACAGAGGAACGAAAGCUGCGGCGGCGUGUACGGGCUCCACGGAGCCUGCGACCGGGGGCUCCGCUGUGUCAUCCGCCCCCCGCUCAAUGGCGACUCCAUCACCGAGUACGAAGUCGGCGUUUGCGAAGAUGAAAACUGGGACGAUGACCAGCUGCUUGGUUUUGAGCCAUGCAAUGAAAACCUUAUCAUGGGCUGCAACAUUAUCAAUGGGAAAUGUGAAUGUGACACCAUUCGAACCUGCAAUAAUCCCUUUGAGUUUCCCAGGCAGGAUAUGUGCCUUUCAGCCUUAAAGAGGAUUGAAGAAGAGAAGCCAGAUUGCUCCAAGGCUCGCUGUGAAGUACAGUUUUCUCCACGCUGCCCCGAAGAUUCUAUUCUCAUCGAGGGUUAUGCUCCUCCUGGUGAAUGCUGCCCAUUGCCAAGCCGUUGCGUGUGCAACCCUGCAGGCUGUCUGAGGAAAGUCUGUCAGCCAGGAUACCUGAACAUAUUAGUGUCAAAAGCAUCAGGGAAGCCAGGAGAGUGUUGUGACCUCUAUGAAUGCAAACCAGUUUUCAGUGUGGACUGCAGCACAGUGGAAUGCCCUUCCAUUCAACAGGUUGUUUGCCCGCUGGAUAGUUAUGAAACUCAAGUUAGACUGACAGCUGAUGGCUGCUGUACUCUUCCAACAAGAUGCGAAUGUCUUUCUGGCUUAUGUGGUUUCCCUAUGUGUGAGGUGGGAUCCAUCCCCCGCAUAGUCUCUCGUGGAGACGGAACUCCUGGAAAAUGCUGUGAUGUCUUUGAAUGUGUUAAUGAAACGAAACCAGCUUGCGUUUUUAACAGUGUGGAGUACUACGAUGGAGACAUGUUUCGAAUGGACAAUUGUCAAUUCUGCAGAUGCCAGGGAGGUGUUUCUAUUUGUUUCUCUGCUCAAUGUGGUGAGCUGAACUGUGAUAGAUACUAUGAGCCAGAAGGAGAAUGCUGUCCUGUUUGUGAAGAUCCAGUGUAUCCCUUUAACAAUCCUGCUGGCUGCUUUGCUAGUGGUCAGAUCCGAGCACAUGGAGACCGCUGGAGAGAAGAUGACUGCACAUUCUGCCAGUGUAUUAAUGGAGAACCACAUUGUGUUGCAACGGCCUGUGGACAAAGCUGCAUGAACCCCGUUAAAGUGCCUGGAGAAUGUUGCCCAGUGUGUGAAGAACCAUCAUACAUUACAGUUGAUCCACCUGCUUGUGAGGUCUUAUCUAACUGUACUCUGACAGAAAAGGAUUGUAUUUUCGGUUUCAAACUUGAUCACAGUGGCUGCCGAAUGUGUCAGUGCAAGAACAGGGAGGAGCUGUGUACCAGCCUCAUACGAGGUUGCACCUUGGAUUGUCCCUUUGGUUUCCAAACUGAUGCCCAGAACUGUGAGAUAUGUCAAUGCCGCCCUCGGCCUAAGAAAUGCAAGCCUGUAAUAUGUGACAAGUAUUGUCCAUUUGGAUACCUGAAGAAUAAGCAUGGCUGUGACAUCUGCCGCUGUAAGAAAUGUCCUGAGCACCCAUGCAGUAAAAUUUGUCCAGUGGGUUUCCAGGUGGACAGUCAUGGUUGUCUUAUCUGUAAGUGCCGAGAGGCUACACCUUCAGCAUCCAUUGGGCCCCCUGUGCAGACAGGCACUUGCCUGUCUAUGGAUGGACGACAUCAUAAAAAUGAGGAAAGCUGGCAUGAUGGAUGCCGGGAAUGCUACUGUCAUAAUGGACGGGAAAUGUGUGCCCUGAUCACCUGUCCUGUACCCGCCUGCAGCAAUCCCACAAUCCGGCCAGGACAGUGCUGCCCAUCAUGUUCAAAUGAAUUUGUGGUUCAGAAACCAGAGCUAAGCAGCCCGUCCAUUUGCCACGCUCCUGGAGGAGAGUACUUUGUGGAUGGAGAAACAUGGAAUAUCGACUCUUGCACCCAGUGUACAUGUCAUAGUGGGCGUGUGUUGUGUGAAACAGAAGUUUGCCCUCCCCUCCUUUGCCAGACUCCCUCCCGCACCCAGGAUUCCUGCUGUCCUCAGUGUACAGAUGAACCUCUUCAGCCUUCCUCAUCAAAUAAUGAAAGCAUGCCUAGUUACUGCAAAAAUGAUGAAGGGGACAUAUUCCUGGCAGCUGAGUCGUGGAAACCCGAUGUUUGUACCAGCUGCAUAUGUAUGGAUAGCAUGAUUAGCUGUUACUCUGAGUCUUGCCCUUCAGUCUCCUGUGAAAGACCUGUUUUGAGAAAAGGCCAGUGUUGUCCCUACUGCAUAGAAGAUCCAGUACCAAAGAAGGCCGUGUGCCACUUCAGUGGGAAAACCUACGCAGAUGAAGAAAGAUGGGACAUCGACAGCUGCACACACUGCUACUGUUUGCAGGGCCAGACCCUGUGCUCAACCGUCAGCUGCCCACCUCUGCCCUGUAGAGAGCCCAUCAAUGUUGAAGGAAGCUGCUGCCCAAUUUGUCCAGAGAUGUAUGUACCUGAACCAACGAAUAUUCCCAUUGAGAAGACAAAUCAUCGUGGAGAGAUUGAAUUGGAGGUACCCAUAUGGCCUACCCCUAGUGAAAAUGACAUCAUCCAUCUCCCCAGAGACAUGGGUCACCUUCAGGUGGAGUACAGAGACGGUAAUGGGCCACAUCUAAGUGAAGAUACUUCUCUUGCGUCCUUUGCCUGGGUUGCAGGAAUAAUGGGAGUCCUGGGUCUUAUACUAGUAUUCCUAUUUUUAAAUCAGAAGAAACAGUGGAUACCAGUGCUCUGUUGGUAUCGAACACCUACUAAGCCUUCUUCCCUAAACAAUCAGUUGGUAUAUGUGGACUGUAAGAAAGGAACCAUGGUUCAGGUGGAUAGUUCUCAGAGAAUGCUAAGAAUUGCUGACCCAGAUGCAAGAUUUAGUGGCUUCUACAGCAUGCAAAAACAGAACAACCUUCAGGCAGAUAAUUUCUAUCAGACAGUGUGAAGAACUACACCCUGGGUGAGGUUAAAAAAAAAAAAGACAGAAAAGACUAAAUCUGCUAUAACUUAGAAUUUGUGCACUUGCUUAGUGGGUUGUAUUGGAUUUGUGACUUCAUGUACAGCUCUAAGACCCUCCCGGGAUGGGCUUUGUCUACAGCGAGGUGCCAGAACAAGCAUUCCCACUUUUCCUCAUGAUAACUGACCAAGUGUUUUCUUAGAACCAAAGUUUUCAAAAGUUGCUAAGAUAUAUUUGCUUGUAAUAUAG